AUGCGUUCGACGAAUGAAUCAGUAAAAUUAUAUGUUGGUGAUUUAGGUGAUAAUCGUAAAUCAGAUUUAAAUCGUUUAUUUAGUAAAUAUGGAGAGAUUUCAACGAUAUAUAUUGAUGAAAAUAAACAUUUCGGUUUUGUUGAAUUUAAAUCUUUGAGUGAUGCUAAACGUGCAUUAGAACGUACAAAUAAUAAAACAAUAAAUGGUUCAAAAAUUCGUGUUGAAUAUGCUAAAUCGGAUAAAAUAUCUCGAAAUUAUCGACGUCCAUUAUCUCGUGAUCGUUCACCAACAUCAAUUCUCUACAAUCAUUUACAGGUAACAGCUAAUCGUUUACCAUCUAUGCAAGCAUUUCGUCAAAAUUAUCAUCAACAAUAUCCAUCAGACAUGAUACCUAACUCUUCGAUGUUAUCUUCUCGUGGUCGAUCUUUAACACCACCAUCAUUCAAACAAAAUUCUCAUCUAUCAUUACGAUCACAAGAUUUAUAUUACCAUCAUCAUCCAGCUAUGUACAGUGAUCCAGCAUAUUAUCGAGCAUAUAGUGAUCCAUUUUUAAUGCAACGUCUUCCGCCACCUGCUUUCCUUUCUCCAACAUCAUCAUCAUCAUCUCGUCCAUAUCGAAAUAUGUAUUCAUCUUCUGGUGAUAUUGAUCGUUAUACAGGACAUCUAUCUUCAGUACAACGUUCGAAACGAAGUCGUAGUCGUAGUCGACGCAGAACUUCGCCAUCACGUCGAAAUCGUUCGAGUCGUGAAAGAAAACAUAAACGACGAACAUCAUCUUCGUCAUCACUUCAACAGCAACGUGGACCACGAACACCGCCACUAUCAUCAACACAUCGGUCAAGUAAAAGAACACGUUCAGGCUCGAAUGCCGUUGCUUCGACAUCUGAACGAAAAUCAUCAUCAAGUUCAUCUUCUGAAGACGAAGAAAAACGAUCAAGUUCAAGAAAAUCUCCAAAUGAUGAAUCAAAUCGAAAACAUUCAAAAAGAAAAACAAGAGAAUGA